CAGAGACACUGUCCUCGGCCACACCAUGGCGGGCCCACUGUGCCUCGUCCUGCUCAGUGCCUCCCUGGCUGGCCUCUUGCUGCCGGGAGGAAGCGUGUUCCUGAGCCGGGAGCGCGCGCACGGCCUCCUGGCCCGCGUCCGCAGGGCCAACUCGUUCCUGGAGGAGCUGAAGAGAGGGAACCUCGAGAGAGAGUGCAUGGAGGAGAGCUGCACCUUCGAGGAAGCCCGGGAGGUCUUCGAGGACGCCGAGAGGACGAAUGAAUUCUGGAAUAAAUACAAAGAUGGCGACCAGUGUGACAACAGCCCUUGCCUGAAUGAGGGCACGUGUAAAGACGGCCUCGGGGAAUACAUGUGUACCUGCUUGGAAGGAUUUGAAGGCAAAAACUGUGAAUUUUCCACGCGGAAACUCUGCAGCCUGGACAAUGGGGACUGUGACCAGUUCUGCCGCGAGGAGCAGAACUCCGUGGUGUGUUCCUGUGCCAGGGGGUACAUCCUGGGUGACAACGGCAAGUCCUGCAUCUCCACAGAGCCUUUCCCCUGUGGGAAACUCACUCUAGGACGCAGGAAGAGGUCGGUGGACCAGGCCAUCCCCAGCAGUCAGGAGCCCCCCAAAACCGGCAUUACGAACCAGUACGACGACGGUGAAGACCUGAGUCCUACCAAGAGCCCGAGCGAGCUGCUGGACGGGAACAAGACAGAGACGAGCCUUGAGGACGACGGCAGUGUGGUCCGAAUAGUGGGCGGGAGGGACUGCACAGAGGGCGAGUGUCCCUGGCAGGCUCUGCUCAUCAACGAGGAAAAUGAGGGCUUCUGCGGAGGUACCAUCCUGAGCGAGUUCUAUAUCCUCACUGCGGCUCACUGUCUCCACCAAGCCAAGAGGUUCAAGGUGAGGGUAGGUGACCGGAACACGGAGGUGGAGGAGGGCAACGAGAUGGUGCACGAGGUGGAGCUGAUCGUAAAGCACAACAAGUUCGUCAGGGAGACCUAUGACUUCGACAUCGCGGUGAUCAGGCUGAAGACGCCCAUCACCUUCCGCAUGAACGUGGCGCCCGCCUGCCUGCCCGAGAAGGACUGGGCUGAGUCCACGCUCAUGACGCAGAAGACGGGCAUCGUGAGUGGCUUCGGGCGCGUCCACGAGAAGGGCCGCCUGUCCACCACCCUCAAGAUGCUGGUGGUGCCCUACGUGGACAGGAACACGUGCAAGCUGUCCAGCAGCUUCACCAUCACCCAGAACAUGUUCUGCGCCGGCUACGACUCGAAGCCCCAGGACGCCUGUCAGGGGGACAGCGGGGGCCCCCACGUCACCCAGUUCAAGGACACCUAUUUCAUCACUGGCAUCGUCAGCUGGGGAGAAGGAUGUGCACGCAAAGGGAAGUACGGGGUCUACACCAAGGUCGCCAACUUCCUCAAGUGGAUCGAUAGGUCCAUGAAAGCCAGGGCUGGGGCCCAGGGUAAGCAGGAGGUCCCUGUGCCUCACCCCCAUUAA